AUGUUGCACACGGAGCUGCUGGCCGAGAAGCGCGAACAACAGCGCGAGGAGAAGGAGGUUCUGCAUCUGCUCCAUGCUCAGCAGAGAAUACUUGGCAAGAAGACGGUUGAAGACUUUGCGCAGCUGAAGCUCAUUCGACGCGAGUCUGUAGCCACAAGAAGUCGCAGUCUGCAUUGCAACGGGAAAACGCUAAACUCGUCGAGGAAGAGCAAGGGGCUUGAUCCCGUCGGAACCAGUGAUGCAGUUCCUGUACGCACAGAGUCGCGUCCUUUGAUGUCUGCCCGGCUGUCGAGGCCAGUUCUAGUCUCAGACAGUUUGCCGCGGCGUCCGAUGUCCGCCAAGCCCGUGCGACAGUCUCAGUUUCGCUCCAGUGUCGGCCAUUCUGCCCGUUUGAGCAGCGAAGAUGAAGCAGAGUUGCUGGGCAACACACCGUCCAAGAAAUACUCCAAGAAGAAAAGGAUAAGAAAGACCAUCGAUCGAAAGGCGGGACGGCUCAUGUUAUCCAAAUCAACCCCAGUUUUGUCGGACAAGGCCGAGCACAGCGAGAGUAUACCCGUCUGUAAGAAGAUCAACAUUAUCGUCAAUAUGCGCAACUUGCAGUUGAUUGAGGAGCCGAAUACGCCGAGCGGGUCUUCUCCGCCGGUCAUUUCGAGGGAAGCUUGGUGCGAUUAG